GGGAGGGGGCUGGGCAGAGCGGCGGCGAGCGCGCCGGAGGCGGCAGCCGGGCUAGCGGGACUUUGUGUUUCACAGACCCUGCUUCAGGCGCAUCCUCUUGGAGCCGCCUCCCAAACCCCGCCGCUGCCAAGCGAGGCGCCCCCGAGUCGGCGGGACCAGACCCGUGGGAUGGAGUGGGCCCGUCCCCACGGCCCUCAGGGGGCCCCGAGGAGACCACCGCGAGCUGCCUGACCCGCCGUCCUCGCCCAGGGGCCCAUGGGCGCGUCCCCGCGGGCGGGCCGCAGACGUGAGGGCGGCGAGCGGCGUGGCCGCGGCGCCGAGGAGGACCGUGCUCGUGCCCGGCCCCGCGCAGGCCGCGCGCGCGCGCUCCCGCCGCAGCGCCGGCCGCGCCCGCCCCGCCUCUCCGCGCCGGCCCUGGAGCCCGGUCCGCGAGCGGCGGCGGCGGCCGGAGGGACGAUGAGCGGCGCGGCGCGGGCGGGCCCGGCCCGGCUCGCCGCGCUCGCUCUGCUGACCUGCAGCCUGUGGCCGGCGCGGGCGGACAACGCGAGCCAAGAGUACUACACGGCGCUCAUCAACGUGACGGUGCAGGAGCCCGGCCGCGGCGUCCCGCUCACGUUCCGCAUCGACCGCGGGCGCUAUGGGCUCGACUCGCCCAAGGCCGAGGUCCGCGGCCAGGUGCUGGCACCGCUGCCCAUCCACGGAGUUGCUGAUCAUCUGGGCUGUGAUCCUCAAACACGGUUCUUUGUCCCUCCUAAUAUCAAACAGUGGAUUGCCUUGCUGCAGAGGGGAAAUUGCACAUUUAAAGAGAAAAUAUCACGGGCUGCUUUCCACAAUGCAGUGGCCGUGGUCAUCUAUAAUAAUAAAUCCAAAGAGGAGCCUGUUACCAUGACUCAUCCAGGCACUGGAGAUAUUAUUGCUGUCAUGAUUACAGAAUUGAGGGGUAAGGAUAUUUUGAGUUAUCUGGAGAAAAACAUCUCUGUACAAAUGACAAUAGCUGUUGGAACACGAAUGCCGCCAAAGAACUUCAGCCGUGGCUCUCUUGUCUUCGUGUCAAUAUCCUUUAUUGUUUUGAUGAUUAUUUCUUCAGCAUGGCUCAUAUUCUACUUCAUUCAGAAGAUCAGGUACACGAAUGCACGCGACAGGAACCAGCGUCGUCUUGGAGAUGCCGCUAAGAAAGCCAUCAGCAAAUUGACAACAAGAACAGUAAAAAAGGGUGACAAGGAAACAGACCCAGACUUUGAUCACUGCGCAGUCUGCAUUGAGAGCUAUAAGCAGAAUGAUGUUGUCCGGAUUCUCCCCUGCAAGCAUGUUUUCCACAAAUCCUGCGUGGAUCCCUGGCUUAGUGAACACUGUACCUGUCCAAUGUGCAAACUUAAUAUUUUGAAGGCCCUGGGAAUUGUGCCAAAUUUGCCAUGUACUGAUAACGUAGCAUUUGAUAUGGAAAGGCUCACCAGAACCCAAGCAGUUAACCGAAGAUCAGCCCUAGGUGACCUCGCCAGUGACAACUCCCUUGGCCUGGAGCCACUUCGAACUUCGGGGAUCUCACCUCUUCCUCAGGAUGGGGAGCUCACUCCUAGAACGGGAGAGAUCAACAUUGCAGUAACAAGUGGUCACUUCUUUCAUCGAAACUCCUUGUCUCCUCGGAGUCUGGUGUAUGAAAGUGAAUUCUCCACAAUCGAACCCUCUUUGGACAUGUAUGAUGAGAACAAAACCUGAUUUUUCUAAAUGGGCUCUGGGGGGUCACCUCUUUUGUGAUUUGAUUUAUGAUCACCUUUCUUAUUUUGUAUUCUUCUGUCAGCGUCCAUUGUGGAAGAAUGGCAGGGCUUUCCAAGCACAGAUUGGGGCUCAGGUUAAACUGCAAGGUUCCCCCAAGGUGAGGCUUUGAGGACAGUGUUAUUGUCCAGGUGACCUUGGAGCACUGAAAACCUGUCCAAAGCUGGGCCAGGAACAUGGGUCCCAACAAACCUGGCUGUUCCCGGAGAAGAGCAGGGGCCCAGGGGUCAAUGUUGCAUUGCAAACAUGUCUCUGAGUAAUUACAUGCAUAUUCUGUGUCAGGGUGAUGUUGGGGUUUUUAAAAUACCUUUUGUGCUCCCCACUUACAGUGCGUACUUAAGCUUGCAGGUGACACUCCUCACUGACGUGGGGCACAAGUUGCUGCUACGUGGCCCACUCUCUAUCUUCCUGUCUCUUCUCCUACUUUCUGUUGAGGAGCCUCUUGCCAAAGGUUCCUGAGAGAAAGGCUUGCCUUUCGUCCCUCCUCUGAGACUACCACCCAGCACACCACGGUGGGGCUGCCGGCUGUGCAGGGCGGGCAGUCUUGCUCGUUGCCGUUUCCAGCCCCCCUCCUAGAGCAUGACACAGGGGGCCGAGUGCUUUUGUGACCACUGAAGCCCUGAAGGCCCUGACCCCGAGGCCUGUGGACUUGUCUGCUUGGCAUCUGCUGAGGUGUGAGGAGAGGUGGGCCCCACGAGGACAGCCUGGCAGUCUUCUCUGGGUGACCUUGGAGUGAUGGCCAAUGGGUGUCAAGCCCAGAACAACUCUGAGUGUUUUCUUGAGAUCAGACCACCUCCUUGCUGUUAGAUACCAGAUGAGCACCCCUCUUCAGUCUUACCAGUCUGACCCAGUUGCCUCCUACCAGCCUUGGCAUGAAGAAGGCACAGGGGCUUACAGAAAAAGACACGGUGGCCAGCAUGGCGGACAUCAGGGACACACGUGCUCGCCCCACACGCCUGGGGAUGACAUCGAGUUAACGUCACAAGAAACAUGUACGUGAAGAGUAAUCCCAGCACAGAACCACAACAAGCAAAUCUGUAAAACAAAUUGACGCCUCCUUUUUGCUCAAGGACACACUGCAGAUCAGCCUGUUUCUCCUAUCAGUAGGAGCCAUACAGAGAUGUAAAUGUGUUCAGGUCCUAGAUCCUUCUUAUGAGAAUGGAAACUUCAGCCUCCAUAUGCUUACAUCUGGCAGCAAACCACUCAGACCUGUGACCUGCCCCCCACCCUGUGAUUUUUAUUAACUCUGUAAAACAGAAAUUCAAGGUGGACACUUGCCGUUUUUCCCUGUGCAGCUGGCUUCUCCCCUUUAAGUGUCUAUUCUCAUCACAUGUUGCUAGGAUGCCUCAAAACACAGUUGCGCCCCCGAGCAAAACCCCUCAGAGAACCAGGGUGGUGAUAGCCAUUGGGAACGUCACCUCCCAGUGACCAGUGGCGUUAUGUCCAUAAUCAUUUGAGGCUAGAACAGUGCAGGAUUUUUAAGGUCUUAGCAGCUUUUUCUUUUUACCUUUAACCAAGGGCUUCUAUUUGGUUCUUUUUUUUUUUUUCCUUUUUAUUGUCUUUGUAGUACAAAAAAAUUUUUGAUAAACAGUUUCAAGAAAGCACUGUUCAGAAAGGUUUGCCCCACUGGCUCUGUGGUGAGGGAAUGAGUCUCAAGGAGAUUAGAACUCAGUGUUCCAGACACACCCAAGUUUGUGUUUGCUUUGGCUCAUCCAACAGGGAAGAUGGCUCAAUUCUGACCGUGUUGUCUGUACCAUGACCUUGUUUUCCUGCACCAGAACUGAGAUCCCAGCAGGGCACUCUCUUCUGAUUUGUAUGGUCUCACAAAAGCGUAGGCAUUAAAUUUUACUCAAGACAUUCCUUUACUGAAAAGGAAUGAAGUGACCUGAGAAAAAAUUAAAAACUCAGACCCCUAAAUAUCUACGUAUUAAAACAUAUUUGAAUUUCUGGUAAAUCUAGGACACGCCUUCACUGUCAAAUAACCAAGGAGGCAUUUCUUACAGGGGAAUUCACUCAGAAUAGUGCUCUGGGUCCCAGCUUGACACCUUUUCCCUAAAAAUUGAGGCCACUUUUCUGCUCGGCUACAGAACGUCCUGCCUUUGUCAGGAGAGACAGUAACUCCGGGAAUAGCAAUAUUUGUCCCAAAUAACAGCCUCUUUGCUGGCAGCGGUGCUGGAGACUUCUCUGUGGAGCCACUCCAGGGACCCCAGAGAGUGGGGUAGGGGUCUGGGUGAGACAUCCUUCUCAGCACCCCUACCUCUGAGAAGUUUGAGGUUUAGAAGCAGUUUAUUGGCCAUACAGGCCUGGUUGGGGUUAUGGAGAGACCAGACCCUCUUCCCUAGCAUAUGAGGAUCUCAGUUGUUCCAGGUCUUACAGCCACAGUGGUUAUUAGCCAGGAAGUGUAGAUAGCUUCUGAACGUUUUUUUUGUGGGGCAGGGAGGGUUACUAUUUGAAGAACAGAAGGGACAGAGGAACAAGUCGCUUACACCGCAAACCCUCUGUCCCUCCUGCGGACUGCUCUGAGCUCCGCCUGGCUCCCACCUCUUCCUCCCAGCAUGGCCUCCACCCCGUCCCCAGGCCGUGCCCGGUGCAGACCUCUCAGCAUGCACCACAGGAUACUUGUGGAGUGGGGUCUGGGGUAGCCAUAACCAUCACCUGAUCAGCCAGGAAUUGGGUCGUUACAGUUAAAAUGCAAACACUUAGGAUUUGGUUGUGUUUCACUUCUGGAGUGAGCAACUGCCCAUAGCCCUCUUUUGCUGAUCCGUCAGGGAGAGGGAAGAGGCCACUGGCCAGGAAACAACAGAAGGGCCAGGCAUGGCAUCACCCAGUGGUGGGUGGGUAGUGUGUCUGUCCAGGGCUCCCGGCCUCUGCCCCCUCAGGGGAAGACCAGCUCUACUCCUGGGUGGUUAAAGACACCUCACCAAGUCUGGUGAGGCCGGCUUUUGAAGGAAGGCUCCAUUCCCCAGCCCCUCCUCAGGCCUGACUCAGAGGAACUGCCAAGGGGCGCGCUUCCCUGAACACCCGUUUGGACUGUACUGCCAGCUGCCCUGCUGCACCCAGCAGCCCAGCUUCCAAAACACGCAGUUGCUAAGGGUUUAAACAAAAUAAGAUUACUGAAUUUGACUGACCUGAAAUUUCCUAUGGGCUUUGUAAACUCUUCUCGUAUUCUUAUUACCCCUCACACCCCAUUCUUUCCAUGAUCUCCCGUUAAAUGAAACUGGUUCCCAAAAUGCUGUCUCCCCAUUAACCUUUAUCACUUAGGCUGUGGUUCUGCUAUAGGCAAACAAGGAGGUGGUGUUAAUGUCAGGUCGCCCUGACAAGCGGUUGCUGUUCCUAAAUGUCAUGGAACAAAAACACUGGUUUCCAGGAAGUAGAAUUUAUAAGGAAAAGAGUAGGAUUACGAGGCUAAUUUCCUCAACAGACCUUUAUUCAGUUCUCAAUAUUUGCUACACUCAGAGUUGAGGGGGCUCCAGGGAUCAUGAAGACUUAGGCUGUUCUAGAACACUGGCCAACUGUGCUGUGAGGUGAAAUACGAUGACGGUGAGUCAUGGAGAGGGGGGUUUCCCCGGGGUGCAGAAGGAGGGGCACCAGGCAGCCAUGAGAAGGCAGGAUGGGAAUGCACACUGCCCCGCCCCAUGAAGACGAGGGAUGAGGAGCAGGAGACUGGCAAGGCAUGGGUCUCACUCCCGGGGCUGUGUGGAGGGCCCACAUCUCUGGGAAAGAGCGAGAGUGGGGAGGGUAUGGACCAGAGAGGCACUGCAAUGCCCAGGUGCUGAGGCCUGCCCCAGGGCCGAAGGCUUCACUGUUAGGCCCGAGCCCGGGGUCCCACCAGCCUGAAGAGGAAGUCCAGGUGACCAGUCUCGGUGACCCGAUAGGUGUUGGUGGGACCCAGGGAGAGCCCCUGUGGGGACACUUUCCACCUCCCUCUAGUGGGAGGCCUGGAGGUGUAGCUCUGGAUCUCAGGCAGCCUGAGGUAAGGAAAGGGCGGUUAGAAUUCCUGGGAAGCUGUGUUUGAAAGGAAUAGGUCACCUAGACCUACCAAAGUAGCCCCCAUGUAAUCCCUGCCCCUCAGAUGACCCAAACCUUCUCCCUCCUCUCCCCUUCUCCUUCUUUCUCCCCCUCCCUCCCUCCCUACAUCCCCCCUACACAUACACACAGGUGUGUACACAAGACACACACACUCACACACAUAUACACUCACAACAGUUAGACUCCCCAGAGAGGCUGUCCAGCCAGGCCUGGCGUUCCCUUCAUUCAGAUGAUGGUGGGAGCCAGAGUGGGGCUGAAAUUGCCCAGUGACAUGAGAGCCAAGCUUGGGAAAAAGCCCUGGGGACACCAACAUUUAAGGGAUGAGCAGAAGGAGCAGGUGUCGGCAACCAAUUUAGUUUAAACCACUGGGUGGGACUUCCCUCUUCAAGAAAGGAGGUGAUGGCUUGGGGGCGGAGGAGUUGCCCCUCACUCACUCCCAGAAACAGAGUUUGGACUGAUUGACCUGAGCACUACUCCCAACACCCGAGGAAAGGAUCAUUAUCACAGGGCAACUGUUAGGACACCCACAACUUGAAAGAAGUGUCUUCCCUGCUAAGGGCACUUGUCACAAGGGAGGUGCGUCUGCUUGUGCCUUGUGGCCUCGUUGGUAAAUCAUUCCAAAACCUAGUGGGAAAAGGAGAAAAUGAGCGCAUAUGUUCACAUGACAUCCAUGGAUGUUUUGCAAGACUGGGAAACUUACACAUUUUAAGUCUCGUAACAUCAGAGGAAAUCCAGAAAGAAGGAUACAGAGGUAAGGUGCCUGUGUUGGCUGCAUGGAACUGUGCUUUGCCUACCAUCCUGUGAAACAGUAGCAAGAGCCAAGUGUGGCAGAAGGGCGAAAGGUCUCCCCUCCCUUCCAUGUCCCACUCUGAGACGGAGACCCUAACUAGCUGGCGUCUUCCCCGCCCCCUCUCUAGGGCUCCACCGGGGUGCUGGUGGAGUCAGGAAGGUUGCCUUCUUAGGCGUAUCCUGAAAGAUCCCCACUGACUGAGCCUUGACAAGGAGGGCCCAGUUGGCACCCUAGUAGGCAGGGGGUGAUAUCAGUCCCCUGUGAUCUCAAGAGCUGCAUCCCACCAGCCAGCCUCCAGUGACUGUGGAGGGGAAGGGGUGCUGGCAGCCUCAGCUACUUAGAAGGACGACAUGUCUGCACCCAAGACUUGGCUCUCACUGUCUCAUGGUCUAACAAGGCCCCAUGGGGGCCCCCAGCCCACAACCUAGGACUUACCUGGGAUUUGCCCUCUGGCAGUUCACUCUAGCUCAAGCCUUUUUUUUUUUUUUUCUUUCUGUUUUCUUCACUCUGACUUGGGGGAGAAGGAAGAUACUUUGUGACAAAAAAAAAAAAAAAAAAAAAAAAAAAAAUUUCAAAAUUUUGAAUUUCAUGCAAACUUGAGUAUUAAACUUUCAGAAGGAUUCAGUGCUGCUGGAAUCCCUCAGACCUUCUUCCUGGGCUUUCCUAGUUCCUCCCAUUGAAUCUUCUACAUGCAUAUACCACAAAAGACCAAGGUUCUAGGUGGCACCAACCGGCCUGGCAUCCUGAAAGGAAAGAGUUUCUCUGAAACGGCAGGCCCAAGGAGCGUUGCCAGGGGCCCAGAGACAGCUGCCAGAGCCCCGGUGCUCAAGCCAAGGGUGGUGUUGAGAAUCAGCGGAAGCGCCUUUAUAAACCACACACAUUCUCCUUUGGUGGAAAAGCCAAGAGCUGGAGGAAGUCAUUGGCACCCUUUUCUUUGCCGCAGUGGAUCUUGAAUCUCCUGGGACACAACCUUGAGGAUCCCCGGCCCAGUCGAAUGCUGGCCUGAAACAGCUCAUUUCCCACCAGUCCACUGUCAUCCGCUUGGGUGGGCACAUGUGUAGGGAAGACGCAUGUUGGUUGGUCAUCUGGCAACCCUGGCUGGCCUUCAUCAGCUCCUUACCCCCUCCACAAUCACCCUCUCUCCAGCUCUCUUUAGGACUCUCAGCAACUGUCAGAAGCCCCAGAUGAUCGUUCUGAGCUAUAUUUUUACAAAUUUAACCCAGCACAAAGUGGAUCCUAAUUUGUUUUCAGAAUUACCCUUCAUCCACAAUUAAGUCCAAGUGUAUUUACACUGUGUGAUAUUAAAGGACUAUUCUAGUGACUGGUAGGUACUGAGCUGAGAUGGCUAUAAAGACAAAAGGUGGGGUGGGGGGUAAGUAGACUCUAAUAUCCAGGCCAUUUCUUUCCCUUCACUCAAGUAAGCUGUUGCUAAGCAGGUUACCUGCCUGCUGACUGUAUGCUGUGUGGACAAAGUCAACUAGCUGUGGCUAGUGUCUGCGUCCCCAGCACCUUUACUGGGUACCCAGCCUGAAAUGACACAUGCCUUCCUAGAGAGAGCACUGUGUCCUACAUCCCCCUGGCUUGCUGAGCCAACUGGAGUAGGGGCGCCCUUGGCUGGUGCUUGGGGCCAGAAUCUAAAGCCAAGUCUAAAGCUGAGAAUGAGAAGCAGGGUCCACUCCCAAGUGGCUGUGGCUCUGCCUAAGGAAACCUGACUGGUGUGAUCACAGAAACAAAAGACUCCAAGCUAUGAAAUGCUAUUUGGGGUAUGGGGAACAGCGUCACCUACUAGAAUAGUCUUCUUCCUGUACAAGAGAAGGAGUUGGUCCAAACUGAAGGCUACAUAUGUCACAAUUGUUUUUGACCCUCAGUAGCUUUUGUACUCAUAUAAAAUAUUAAAGUUACCCCUUUCAUAUUUGGGUCAUUCACAGAGCUCUCUUAUUCUGGGUUCCUGCUAACUAUGCACAACAUCUCAGAGGAUGGCAUACAAAACUAUUUUUCUAACUGUAGCACAGGUAAUUUGGGGUGGGGGAGGCUUGGGAUAUACCUAAAUGUGGCAAAUGACUUAUCUUCCACCUUGAGGGAUGAAAGGGAAACUAUGCACUUGAAUUUUAACUCACCAAUGGAUAGCUUGUGCUAGAAAAAACAUACAUCAAAUAGCCCAAAAGCAAAAUUGAUCAUUUGCUUCAUUUGGGGGCUCACUGUAGGGGGAGUUACUUUGUCUAGAACACAGAUUACCUGUGAGUAAAAUGUGAGCUGAUUAUUGGCAAUCAGAUCUUAUAAGCCCUUUGAAAUGUCCUGGGCAGCACAAUGGCCUAGGUCCAUAUGGUUAAUGUAAGUAUAAUUAAGUAGUGAAAUGGUAUGGUAUAUACCUAUAUGCUGAUAGUGUAUACCUGUAUGUGUGGGAUUUGCUAAUAUAACCAUUUCAAUAAAACCUACUGAAAAAGC